GAUGAUGAAGCGGCAUCAACGAACAAAACAGUUAUACAUUUGAGCCACACAAAAGCCCAACAAUUCACGAUAUGGUUGUCAAAUAAUGGAAGCUCCAGAAGACGUGUCCGUUCGGGAACAGCUUUUCCACGACCGAGUCAGAGAAACCAUAAUCUGUGUCUUGGUUUUCGUCUGUCUCUACAUCGUCUCCUACCUGGUCAUCACUCACUAUAAGAGGACCGCCGAGUUCACCUUAGAUGACAGCGAAGAUGCAACAGUCAACAAAAUUGCGCUUUGGCUUUGCACGUUCACGCUCUCUGUCUCUGUUGGCGCUGUUCUACUCUUACCUCUCUCCAUCUUGUCCAACGAGGUCCUGCUCUCCUUCCCACAAAGCUACUACAUGCAGUGGCUUAACGGAUCUCUGAUACACGAGCUGUGGAAUCUAGUCUUCCUCUUCUCCAACCUGUCCCUGGUCAUUCUCUUGCCCUUUGCCUACUUCUUCACUGAGUCUGAGGGCUUCGCUGGAUCCAAAAAGGGGGUGUUGGGCCGUCUGUAUGAGACUGCGGUGGUCCUCUUCCUUCUGACCCUGCUGGUAUUGGGCAUGGUGUGGGUGGCGUCGGCCAUACUUGAUGACAGCAUGGCCAGACAGAGCCUCUACGAUCUGUGGGAGUAUUAUCUGCCCUAUCUUUACUCCUGCAUCUCCUUGUUAGGAGUCCUGCUGUUGUUAUUAUGCACUCCUUUAGGGCUGUCACGCAUGUUCAGUGUCACAGGAAGCCUACUUGUCAAACCCAGGCUGCUGGAGGAUCUUGAUGAGACAUUGAGUUGUGUUCACUUUGAAGAAGCCUCUUUAUCCAGGAAACUCAAUAGUGGGACCUCAUGUUGGAUUAAUUUAAAUGCAGAGGUUCUGAGAAACCAGUUUGUCAACAUUCAGGCCCGGCGGAUUGUUUUGGAGAUGCGGAAGAAAGCUUCACCUUGGCAACGUAACCUAGGAUACCCACUGGCCAUGCUGUUGCUGCUGGCUCUGACGGUGGUGUGUGUGCUCAUAGUGUGCUACCAUGUGGUGGAGUUGCUGUUUGAUGAUUCGGCUAUGCCUCGAGGGAUGCAGGACCCUCUACUGGGCGCUGCCUCGUUCUCCAUGUUUGGUUCAUUGGGAGCUGCGGUACAGGUGGUUCUCAUCCUGUACCUCAUGAUUUCCUCAGUUGUGGGUUUCUACAGCUCCCCACUUUUCGUUGGAUUACGACCACAUGCGCAGGACACUACACUGACACAGAUUAUUGGGAACUGUGUGUCUCUGUUGGUGCUCAGCUCAGCCCUGCCUGUGUUCUCUAGGAGUCUGGGCAUCACCCGGUUUGAUCUGCUGGGAGACUUUGGUCGGUAUAACUGGCUGGGAAACUUCCACAUUGUCUUCCUGUAUAACAUACUGUUUGCUGGGUUGACCUCCGCAUGUCUGAUCAACACUCUCACCUGGACAGUACAGAAGGAACUCAUCAGAGCAUUUGGGUUGCAUAAACUGCCAUUGACCGUGUCCCGCUCCACUAUACCACUCAGGCUCCUAUUGGCUAAUGAGCAAUCCAAGAUCCAGUGACAAUUGAACAAUCCAGUGACCUGGGUUUACCAAAGUGAGCUUACCAAAGAACAUCCCACAAACACUUGGUUGUAAUAAACAGUCUUUGAAACCGAGAAGGGGAUUUACCGGUUUGCUGAUGGACGACUGGUGAUCCUGUCAGCACUGGGAUGAGAAGACUCUUCUGAUGGGGAAUGAACUUGGAACCUCAAAAAUGAUAAUGCUCAGAGUAUAGAUAUAGGUCAGGUACCGAAAUGCACCAAGGUGAGAACAGAUGCAGUUUCUGUAAAAUGGAUGUCAGGUUGGGAGAAUUUUUUUCAACUGGUUUGUUCAAAGAGUUAUUCAUAUUUUUUCAGAGAACAUUGACAUUGGUGUUGUGGUUAUACAUUUUCUGUGAAAAUCAAUACUAUCACAGAAAAGUUAAAGACCACUAACGCUAGCGACUUCUUCCCUCACUGACAGCAGUGCUCGGCAAGCUGGAUUAAAACACUGUGCCCAGGUGUUACUGCUAAUGAUGUCAAGUUGAUUACCAAUAGUGAAAAUGUUUUCUCUGGCUGCCAUCCUAUUUAAAAUAAGUAUGUCUUAGGAGGGAAAACUGUGGACAUGCAUAUUAUCUACCACCAGUGACAGUCAUACCGCUGCCCUGAGGAAGCAAAGAAUUAUGUACAGGACUUUCUCAUCCUUACACGUUCUCCACAUUUUGUUGUGUUAUAGACUUGAUUGAAUAUAUGUUUUCAAUCUACACACAAUUCCACAUAAUGACUAAGCAAAACCAUGUUUUUAGGAAUUUGUGCCAAUGUAUUGAAAAUGAAAAAAUGAAAAAUACGAAUGUAUUCAGACACUUUGUCAUGACACUCCAAAUUUAGCUCAGAUGCAUCCUGUGCCAUUUGAUCAUCCUUGAGAUGUCUCUAGAACUUUAACUGAUUGGAUUUUAGUUAGAAAAGCUCCUGUCUAUAAAAGGUCCCGCAUUUCACACUGCAUUUCAGAGCUGAAACCAAGCUAUGAAGUCCAAGGAACUCCGUAGACCUUAAAAAUGAAAUUGUGUUGAGUAAUGGAUUUGGAUUAAAAAAAAGAUACAAUAGCAUUAAAAGUUCCCAGGAGCACAGUGGGUUUCAUCAUUGAGUCUGUGGAACAAGUUUGGAACCAUCAGGUCUGUUUCAAGAACCAGCCAUUUGGCCAAACUAAGUAACCAAAGCAAAAAGGUCAUUGGUCAGGCAGGUAACCAAGAACUGAAUGGUCUCGCUGACAAAACUUCAGAAUUCUUCUGUCUGCAGAGAUGGAACUUACACUAAAUUGCCAAAUGUGGACACUCCUAGUGAUUAUUGAGUUCAGGUCUUUCAGCCACACCUAUUGCUCACCUGUGGGUCUUGCUGUAGAGCUCAGUCACUUUAAACAUGGCAAUGUUAUACAGUAGGAUGCCACAUUUUCAACAAGAGAGUUUGUGAAAUUUCUGCCCUCAUAGAUCUGCCCUGAUCUGUAUGUGCUAUAAUUGUGAAGUGGAAUCAUCUAGGAGCAACAACAGGCCAGCCACGAUGUGGUACAGUAGACCAUGCAAACUCUCAGAACAGGGCCGCUGAGGGCUGAAGCAUGUAGCACGUGAAAGUCGCUUAUCGUCUGUUGCAUCACUCCCGAUACAGUCCCAACUGCCUCUGGAAGAAACAUCAGCACAAGAACUGUGCCUGGAGCUUCAUGAAAUGGGUUUCCAUGACCAAGCAGCUAUAUGCAAGCCUCACAUCAACAUGCGCAGUGCCAUGCGUCAGCUGGAGGGGUGUCAAACAUGCCGCCAUUGGAAUCGGGUGCAGUGGAAACAUGUUCUCUGGAGUGAUUAAUAAAGUUUCCCUUUCUGGCAGUCUGAUGGGUGAAGCUGGGUGUGACAGAUGCCAGGAGAAUGCUACCUGCUGGAAUGCAUAGUGCCUACAGUAAAGUUUGGUGGAGGAGGGAUAAAGGUCUGGGGCUGUGUUGCCGGGUUUGGGCUUGUUGGCCUUAGUUCCAGUGAAGGGUCAUCUUCACCCCCCGUCUCAGUUCCAUGGUGUUACGCUGCUAUAUUAUUGUGCU